AUUUUUUGGAGAUACGGAUGACAAUGCAAAGCCCCGUCGGAAAAACUUCAUCAGAUACGAUGCGAAUCGUUAUAUAUACCCCUUCUACUUUUCUCAUCUCGCAUCCCAAUUCUCUAGCAUACCUCUGCUUAAUUUGAACAGCAACGCAAUCAUUAUGCAACAAGCAAAUUCAAUGGAGGAGAUGAGGCCAAGAUGUUGUGUGCAGCUCAAGUUAGAUGUUGUUGGAGCAACACUUAUUGCUCUUCAGCCUGGCUCCAAAGGCAGUUUGUUUGUUCGGUAUUAUCUGAACAAGAAGAUAGCAGUUAAUACGAAGGAGGUUGAGGCUUCCCCAGAGCCCCACUGGGGAGAAACAUUCUGCUUGGAAUGUGGGGGAAAAGGAAUGGAUGAAAUAUUGUCUGCACUGAUAAAGGAGUCAGAGUCGGUUGUAUUUGAAGUGAGGUGGAGGAGAAGAAGAGAAAUAUUUGGAGGAUCGAAGAGCAAAGUUCUGGGUCGGCUUGAAGUUUCGUGGAAGGAGUUAUUGUCAUCGCCCACUCUUUCGCUAAGUAAAUGGUUUUCAUUGGAGAAAGAGGGGAAAAAAGAUGUGCCUUUGCCACUUCUUACUCCUGCUUUGCAGAUUGCAAUGUCGGUUACAGUUGCAGCAGAAACAGUUGGACACAAAAUUAGCAAAUGCAGAGAGGAGAGCAGAAAUGUGAGCAGGCGUUUAAGACGUUUGGAACGGGAUGAGUGUGGGUGUGGAGGAGAGAUGUGUAGGGCUGAUUAUGAGGGUCAUUUGUUUGGUCAAGUUUAAAGGAAAUGAGCUAUGCCUUUUCUUCUUUCAGCGGAAUGCAAGGACAUACUUUCCUUUGCUUUCAGCGGAAAGCAAGGAGAGUGUUUCCAUGGCAGGAUCAAUUUUGCGUGGCCUAGAAAGGGCAAGCCCACUAAAAUCCCAUGAACUGAAAUAUUGUACAAACGUGGGUAGUCCAGUCUGCCAGGCAGCCCUCUGCCUCUUCUUAAGGCCAUCAUAGGGUUCGUUGGUCUAGUUCUGAUAAGUUUUUCUUGUAUACGAUAUGAUGAGAUCUAGAUGUAAAAGGGAAUUAAUCCCCAUGUAAAGCAUAACAAUGUAAUUUCCUCCACGGAC